ACAACGUUACAGAGUAACAACGCAACUACAGCUGCACAAAACACAACGUUACAGAAUAACAACACAACUACAACUCCACAAAACACAACGUUACAGAGUAACAACGCAACUACAGAUGAGCAAAACACAACGUUACAGAAUAACAACACAACUACAACUCCACAAAACACAACGUUACAGAGUAACAACGCAACUACAGAUGCACAAAACACAACGUUACAGAAUAACAACACAACUACAGCUCCACAAAACACAACGUUACAGAAUAACAACACAACUACAGCUGUACAAAACACAACGUUACAGAAUAACAACACAACUACAGCUGCACAAAACACAACGUUACAGAAUAACAACACAACUACAGCUGCACAAAACACAACGUUACAAAGUAACAACACAACUACAGCUGUACCAACCACGACGUUACAAAGUAACAACACAACUGCUGCAGAAACUACAAAGUUACAGAGAAAUGUCACAUCUACAGCUGCAACAACAACUGCAAGCACCACCACAACUCCACCUGCAACAACUGCAAGGACCACCACAACUACACCUGCAACAACUGCAAGCACUACCACAACUACACCUCUAACAACUGCAAGCACCACCACAACUCCACCUGCAACAACUGCAAGGACCACCACAACUACACCUGCAACAACUGCAAGCACUACCACAACUACACCUCUAACAACUGCAAGCACCACCACAACUACACCUGCAACAACUGCAAGCACCACCACAACUACACCUGCAACAACUGCAAGCACCACCACAACUACACCUCUAACAACUGCAAGCACCACCACAACUACACCUCUAACAACUGCAAGCACCACCACAACAACACCUGCAACAACUGCAAGGACCACCACAACUACACCUGCAACAACUGCAAGGACCACCACAACUACACCUGCAACAACUGCAAGCACCACCACAACUACACCUGCAACAACUGCAAGCACCACCACAACAACACCUGCAACAACUGCAAGGACCACCACAACUACACUUGCAACAACAACCACAAGCACCACCACAACUACACCUGCAACAACCACAAGCACCACCACAACUACACUUGCAACAACAACCACAAGCACCACCACAACUACACCUGCAGCAAUACCUUUUUUUCUCAGCACCAUCACCCCCCCCCCACCAAGGGGACUGACGCCGCCAAACGCGGUGGGCGUAGUUCGAGCAAUUAGGAGCCCUGAGAGAAAAACCAGAGCAAUCAGUGGAGACAACUCGACUGGCCUAUUUCAAGGAAUUGAAGUUUCAUGCGACAUAAAGACUGUGAUAAUACGCACCAACUGUUCUGUGACGCUGCGGCUGAAGCAGAAGGUCCCUCCGUGUUGUAUCCUUCGGACGCUCUGCGCGGCCAGUAGAGCAUCUCCUGACAUCCACGUGGUGGGGAAAACAGCAGCAGGAAUUAGUCCUCUACAAAAUGGGUGCGAUAGUGAAGCGCUUGGGAGUUGCGCGUAUAAUGGUCCAUCUGGUGCAGCAUGUGACUUGUCCGAGACUGCAUAUGUGGUUCCUCAGCGCAACUCAUCUCACUGUGGUGCAGAGAACAACACCUGCAACUGCUCUGCUUACUGCGGAGGAACUAAUGCAUACUACACUUUUCAAAUAUCAAAUCAAGAUUUGGAGAUUAACGCCCUAACAUUAAUUUCAUCGGUCAUUGACAUCCUGAAUUUGCUGAAACAACAUAAAAACUGUCCUCCGGAUGUUAGUGUUGGAUGCCCGUUGUCCAUUAUUGCAACUGAAUUCAAGGAUGUCAAUGUGGAAUGUGAAAUAUCCUCAACAAACUGCACGGUGAUUUUAGGCUUUCACCAUGAGGUUCCUAUUUGCAACUUGUCGACCGCCGUGUUGGGUUUGUUUUCUUCUGCGAAAAACCUCUUUUUCAACGGCCAAGUGACUCGAGCAGCAAUUUGUGGGAAUUCAAUAGUCAGCAACAGUCCACUAACAUCCGGAUUCAAGUGGACACGCCUUAACGUAGAGCCUGCUUCCUUUUGUGCGUCAAUAGAAAACUCUGGCUUCCUCGAUUGUCAAGCUGGAAAUGUGAUUGUGCAGCUGGAGGAGCAGUGUGCUGCGGGUCUGCUUACCACACAAGGCCCAAAUGUGACAAGCGCACAACCAAACACCACCAACGCCUCUUCAAACGUAACUUCAUCCCCACUGGACACAACAGCUCGAGCCCCGAAUGCCACCGACACUCCCGCUAGCGUCACCGCGUCAGCUGAAGGCCAGGCCAACGCACUGCUCCAGCUCACCGGCGACGUGUCCAGGCUGAACUCCAGCCAGGUGUCUCAGCUGGUGUCUCAGCUGGAGGCUCUUCUGUCCGGUCCCAACGUCAGCCUGGCGCUGGGCAACACCUCGGUCCACAUCGUCAGCAAUCUGCUGGGAGCCUCUCCUGAGGUGCUGGCUGACUCUUCCAACAGGAUUAUAAGGAUUGUCGAUACUGUCGGGUUGAAGCUGGUUCUUGAUGGAAAGGCUGAGACCCUUCUGUCUCCAGCUGUGGCUCUGUCUGCGAAACCAGCAGAUGGCCGCAACUUUCAGGAAACCAUUUUCUCCAUCUCAGACCCCAAUAAUGUGCAGGUUCGUGGGAACCCCAGGCAGGGCAGGAGCCUGAGAGCCGACUCCUCCAUCCCUCAGGGCUCCAUCACGUUGCCCCCAUCCCUCACACAGGGCCUGACCGUCGAAGAACAGCUGCUGGCCAACAGAGUCCAGUUCAAUUUCUACCAGAAGAGCACAGUGUACCAGGACAGUGCUUUGGGAAAGCGCAGACUCAACAGUGGGAUCCUUGGAGCAAGUGUGGCCAACCUGUCCCUCGCAGACCUGCGGGACAAUGUUACAAUUAACCUGAGAAACUUUGAGCCGGUUCCAGCUAACUACGUGGCUGUAUGUGUUUUCUGGGACUUCACAUUAAAUAACCAAUCAGGUGGUUGGAAUCCAAGAGGCUGUGUACUCCAAAAUAGCACAGACAGUGAGACCGUUUGUGGAUGCAACCAUUUGACAAGUUUUGCCAUCCUGCUGGACCUCUCCAGACAGCCUUUACUCAGUCGUGAACAGGCCACCAUCCUUACUUUCAUCACAUAUAUUGGCUGUGGAAUCUCUUCCAUCUUCUUGUCUAUCACCCUCCUCACCUACUUGGCCUUUGGGAAGCUGCGGAAGGACACUCCAUCCAAAAUCUUGAUCCAGCUGUGCCUGGCUCUGCUGCUGCUGAACUUGGUCUUCCUGGUGGACGCGUGGCUGGCGCUCUACCCAGACACCUUGGGCCUCUGCAUCUCCACUGCCUGGUUCCUCCACUACUUCCUGCUGGUUACUUUCACCUGGAUGGGACUAGAGGCCGUUCAAAUGUACCUGGCCCUCGUGAAGGUCUUCAAUAACCACAUAUCACGCCUCAUGGUGAAGUUCUCGCUGGUCGGCUGGGGCGUGCCGAUGAUCGUGGUCAUUAUUGUCAUUGCGAUUGACAAGGACAACUACGGCCUCAUCUCCUAUGGAAGGUUUUCCGACGGCACUAGUGACGGCUUCUGCUGGCUGAAAAAUGACAUCGCUUUCUAUGUAGCAGUGGUGGCAUAUUUCUGCGUUGUGUUUCUUUUCAACCUAGCCAUGUUCGUUGUGGUGUUGGUGCAACUGUGCCGGAUAAAGAGGCAGAACCCUCACAACGCGCACCACCGCACCACGCUGCAGGAUGUGCGCAGUGUGGUGGGGAUCAUGAUGCUCCUGGGCCUCACCUGGGGCUUUGCCUUCUUCGCCUGGGGCCCCGUUAACCUGCCAUUCAUGUACCUCUUUGCCAUCUUUAACUCCUUGCAAGGUUUCUUCAUAUUUGUGUUGUACUGUGCGAUGAAGGAAAACGUGAGGAAUCAGUGGAGGACCUACUUGUGCUGCGGCAGAAUGAGACUAGCGAAGAACUCGGAAUGGAGUCGCACCGCAACACAGAAGACCGCGAAGAAGAGGAAGUCCCCUGGGACCCGAAUGCCAUCUCUUCGGUCCGCAACGUCCUCCAACAACUCAUCCAGCUCCUCGUCCUACCUCGUCAGUGACUCCUCGGAGCUGAUCAAUGGCAUCGGCAGCCCAUUUGAAGACAGAGGGAUCACAGCAAACGAAGACCCCACAACGGACGUGGUCCUCAACGAGAUCAACAGCCAGUACAGAAACCAGCAGGCGCCCUGAUCUGAAGAGUGCAAUUUGUUAAAUGUGAAGAAAGAGCGAGAGGGCAGCUGGGUCAUUUGUGUUCAUUUAAAUAGAAUAAGUUUCAUUAUGUGUGUGCGGUAUAACGAUUCAGCUAGCAUACUGUGUCGGAAUUCCUCGCGGUGUGACUGUACUCGGUGUUUAGCCAUAACUCCUGAUUUAUCCUUUUGUCGGGCAGUAAAUAUCGCAGUGGAACCGUGCAGGAGCUAAUUGACUUGGCUCUAUAGAGUCAUGGUUAUAACAUUUUACAACAAUUAAUAACACGCAGCAAAGGUGGCGACACCAGCAGCCACAACAACUAUAACGCUAACAGGCUAAUGAGCCAACUCGCUAACAGGCCGGCUAGUUGUGAGUUGACCAGCGAGCGGUGAACAUCUGUCCAGGUGGCCGGCGGGUCCUUUUGUUGUCAAUGAAUGUUUACUCGAAAAGAAAUAGCGUCACACCAAUUACAGUUAAAUUAAUUUUGGACUAUACCGAAAUUAGUGCAUAUUCCUACGGUGUGCCUCGGAUGAUUUCUUUGACGGUGACGUGAAAGAAUUCCAACCGUUCAAUGAGAGCACUUGAAUCUACUUUUGAAACACUUGCAGAGAAUGUUAGUAUAAAGUCAUUUAUGUCCUUUCGGUCUGCAUAUCAUGUGUAUUGUACAACUUACCUACAUUAUUAAUGGAAAUUGAUUUUUGCACUAUAUUAAUAUGCAAUUGUAUUUGCACAAGGAACUUCAAAAACAUUUUUACAGUGAGAUUACAUUAAGGAGUCAGAUCUCAAUGGAUACAAGUUGGGUUAAUUACUUUGUUGUAAAAUAAUUUUAGGAAUUCUUCAUUCUUUGCAAAAGAUUGUCUAUUCAACAAUGUGCUGAGAAAGCAAAAAAGGAGAGAGCACAGCAUAUUCCACCGAUUAUUGAAUAUUAAUUUUAGAACAUGUGUUUAAAUAAAAUGCUAUUGUGGUGUAAUACUA